AUGGCAGCAGUAUCGUCGAGCCGUUUGCGCCUUUUAAACACCGCAUCGAGGGUUGUCCCUCAAUUUGGAACCGCUAUUCCAAUCGGCGUCCGCAGUUAUGCCACUACAGAUCCCUCCCCAUCCGCCACCAGUUCCCCGACGACGCUGCGCAGAAAAACGACAUUCAAGGAUAGGCUGAACGCCGGCCCUUCGUUUGCGGAUUUUGUCUCUGGCGGCAAUGAUUCGACUCCGCUUGAUCCUUCCGAAGCAUAUGAGCUCAAAACGGCACUUGUCGGGCCUGCCGGGAAGAAGAAAGAGAUGACGCGGUUACCGUCAUGGCUGAAGACGCCGAUUCCCGAUUCGAGCAACUACCAGCGCUUAAAGAAGGACCUUCGGGGUUUGAAUUUACACACUGUUUGCGAGGAGGCAAGAUGUCCGAACAUCUCGGACUGCUGGGGUGGUGAUGACAAGUCCGCUGCAACGGCGACAAUCAUGCUUAUGGGUGAUACUUGUACCCGUGGUUGUCGGUUCUGCAGUGUGAAGACGUCUCGUGCACCGCCGCCUCUCGACCCGCACGAGCCGGAGAACACAGCGGAGGCGAUCUCGAGGUGGGGUCUUGGAUAUAUAGUGUUAACCAGUGUCGAUCGGGAUGAUCUCGUGGACGGCGGUGCCCGGCACUUUGCCGAGACUGUCAUCAAGAUCAAGCAAAAGGCCCCCAAUAUUCUGGUCGAGUGUUUGACGGGUGACUAUGCCGGGGACACGGAGAUGGUUUCCCUCGUUGCCCGUUCUGGACUGGACGUGUACGCGCAUAACGUCGAGACCGUCGAAGCCCUGACGCCGCAAGUCCGUGACCGCCGUGCCAAGUUCCAACAAUCCAUCCGCGUGCUUGAUGCUGCAAAGAAGGCCAGACCGGACCUCAUAACCAAGACGUCGCUCAUGCUUGGUCUUGGAGAAACAGAAGAGCAACUCUGGGACACCCUCCGCCAGCUUCGCGCUGUUGAUGUCGAUGUCGUCACUUUCGGCCAGUACAUGCGGCCGACGAAGCGUCACAUGGCUGUCCAUGAGUAUGUCACUCCUGACCAAUUCGAGCUCUGGCGCCAGCGUGCCCUUGACAUGGGAUUCCUCUACUGCGCAUCAGGACCCCUUGUUCGCAGCAGUUACAAGGCCGGUGAGGCAUUCAUCGAGAACGUACUGAAGAAGAGACGCGCCGGUGCCAGAAGCGCAGAGACUGUUAGUGAUAAGACAAUUGCCGUGGAUGAGGCUACUCGUUGA